ACUCUAUCGUAGUUCGAUUCUCAAUUCGCUUUUCGGGUUUUUAUUCUCUUCGAAUUCCUAAAUGGGUUUCUUUUAGUUCUGAAAAUUGCUGCGUACAUAUGCCAAAUUUGUUCGAUUCACUUUGUUUCUCAGAUGGAAACAUGGUUGGGGAAUUAGGGUUUUAGGUUUGGAAUUAAAGAUCGUGUGUUUGUCAUGGGGUUUUGCUGGAGAAUUUAAGAUUUUUAUGAGAACUUUUGUUUUAGGACUGAGGAAUUUAGAGGUGAAGGAUGUCUUCUAAUCAAAGCUAUUCUCGAGUUGACACUUUAGAGCUCAAAGCACUGAUUUUGAGAAAAAUUGGGCGUGAGAGGGCUGAGAGAUACUUUGAUCAGCUUACACGAUUAUUUAGUUUCAAGGUUAGCAAACGUCAGUUUGAUAAGUUCUGCUUUCAGACUAUUGGGAGGGAAAAUGUCCCUCUUCACAACCUGCUUAUACAAGCUAUUAUCAAGAAUGCUUGCCUCGCCAAAUUUCCACCUUCAAAGGGUGUUAGGAAAGUUGGAAGUACCCUUAGUGUUAAAAUUCCAAACGGGUAUCAGAGAAAUGGUCUCCAAUCAAUUUAUGGGGAUGCCUUUCCCCCUUCCCCUCGCAAGAGCAGGUCUCCGGUUAAUAGGGAUCGCAAGUUUAGGGAUCGCCCAAGUCCUCUGGGCCCACACGGGAAACCCCAAAGUGUUCCAUGCAAUGAAUUGGUUUGUAAGGUGCAAGAGCAGCAAAGUGCAACCGAAUUGGUUUCUUUCAAUAGCAGACCCCCAGCUGAAGUUGCAUCUGUUGAAGAUGGGGAAGAGGUUGAACAAGUGGCAGGAAGCCCGGGUGUUAUUCAAAGUAGAAGCCCUGUGACAGCUCCAUUUGGUAUAUUGAUGAAUUUGGCUGGAACUCGUAAAUCUCUUUCUCGCAUAUCUGUAUCCAAUGAUUAUCAUCCAGGGACCAGCCUGAGCAGUAGUGAGCUACCCGAUACAAGAUCUUUAAGAAGUCAUUUGGAGCGGAAGUUGGAAAUGGAGCAUAUGAGUGUCUCAGUGGACUGUGCUAACGUUUUGAACAGUGCAUUGGAUGUGUAUUUAAAGAGAUUGAUUCAGCCAUGCAUGGGUCUAUCCAGGUCAAGAGGUAGUUGCAUUUCAAUGGCUGACUUUCGCGUUGCUAUGGAAUUGAAUCCUCUAAUACUUGGAGAAGAUUGGGUAAUACAGCUUGAGAAGAUUUGCUUGCAUGCUUCUGAAGAAUGAACAGAGCUUUCGUAGUCUAUGUAUUAGAGAUUCAGCUGUAGGUGGGAAAAUAGACAUGAGCUCAUGUCCACACUUCUUCGAAAAUUUCAGUAUUUUGAAAUUGAUUAUAAUCUGAUAUGAUUUUGGUCUAACCUGUUAUGGAAUUCCACAAGCACUGCGAAAGGGAGUAAGAAGAUUUUUUGAAGUUUUGGAUCGACUUGAUUAGUUAACAUUUAGAUAUAGGCAUUGAUGAUUGUUGGGGAGAGGGAGUUGUUUAUACAAUGAAAUGUAGACUUCUAGAUACAAUUAAGAACCUCAGCGGUUGAAGAGUGUAACCCCAUUUUCCAAUAGAUAUCUCCUUUUGUUUCUCUUCUUCGAUGUACUGAGUUAGGCAUUUAAUAAAGCAUCAUUUUGUUCA